GCGCAUGUCAAUUGUUCGCAUUGCAAAUGGCGGCUCCUUGUUAUUGUUCAUGGCGUUUUAUGACUUGUCCCUUUAUAUUACCGAUUAUGUCAAGUUUUUUCUCAAUCUUCGCCGCGCGCAUUGUGCAGAAAGUGGAAUAAGAUACGCGCGGUGUAUUUUAGGUUAAGAUAAGUGCUUUAGUGGUGUGUCUCCGUACGAUUUGGACGAGAGAAAUCCCACACGAAAUUGGAAAGAAAUGGGUAAGCAAGUGCAUUAGUGCUGGAGUGGUUCGGAGUUGUCGGUUUACAACCGACGAAGAAACAUCUCAUCACAAAUUUAUUGUCUUUGUACCCAGAGGUGUUUACCUGGGUAGUUAUGUGAUUUAUGAUUGUCAUGGCGGCAGAUAGUGAUGGUGACCUCAUUGAGACGGUGGUAACUUGUGAGGGUGACCUUGGUGAUCCAGAAUUUCCACAUAAAUUUAAAACCAUCGUUGACCGUCUUAAAUCUCUACUUUGUAAAGAGAAAGGAGAUGGUCUAAAAGUUAACAAAGUAGAACCAUGGAAUUCUGUCAGGGUUACAUUUUCCAUACCAAGAGAAGCUGCAUUGCGGUUAAGAGAACUAGCAGCGCAAGGUUCUUCAACGCUUACUCAACUUGGAAUUCUUUCUGUACAGGUUGAAGGAGACCAGGUUAUAUCUUUAAGGAUAGCAAGUCGAUUUGGAGGCGAGGCACAAGAAAUUGUCUUACGUUCAGGAUCUUCGCAAGAUACUGGAAAUAAAUCUCAGAAUGAAUCUACAAAUAGUUCAGUUACUGCUGACAAUGAUCCUACUAUAGCUUUACCUGGUCCAAGCAAUACAUCAACAAUAUCUUCCGCGUUACGAAAUGUUGCUCAAAUAAUAGCAGCUAGUACAUCGUCAGAGAAAGCUCCUCAAUUUCGUUCUCCAAAUGUUGUGGCACCGACAGACUGUGAUCCUAUCCCACCUUUUCUUGCAAAACCUGUGCCGUCAACGGCUGGUAGUAAUGGCGUUGGUACUUCUGGCAACCAACCGGUCACUAAUUCUAUUGCUUCAUCCAGAAAUAAUUAUAAUGGUCCAUUCCCGUUUGCCAGCAUGACGCAUGCUGCUCAAGCAAUACAUAGUAGAGAAUCACAAGCAACAACAAUAAAAAAUACAAUUCAGUUUAAGCAACAUACACAGCCACCGCCGCCUUAUCCAAUACAAGAUAAUUUGGCAGCAGUCACAGCCUUGUCAAGCGGUCAUACAACUACGCAAACUGUAGUUACAGUUGGACAAUUGACGACUCAGUAUAAAUCACCGAUUACCACAACAUCUAGUCUGUCACCAAACAAUGGUAAUCAUUUAACAGGAAAUUCUAAUGGUAGUGGUAAUCAAGUUGCUUUAUCAAGUCCAUUACUUGUGAAUCUUCUGCAAAAUGAUGCUACCUCACAUUCAAAUAAUGUGAUACCUGGUCAGAAAAUGUUGCCACCAGCUGUUGUUGAUAACUCAGGAUUAGCAAAUCGUAUGAGACCUACGAAGAAGCCAACUGUUAGAAGAAAAGAACUAACUGUACAAAGUGAAUCGCCACCGAAUUUAGAUUCGUUAAGGACAGAAGAUCUGAUUGGAGGAUCAGCCAUUAUUGCGGAUAUAUCUCAAAAUUCACCAUCUUCUGCAUUUGCUGCUGUCAAUGCAAACCAACCAUCGUCGAUUCCUCAGCAACAUACGGUUAAUAUAGUUGGCAGUAGCAGUCAAAAUAUAAUGACACCUCAAACUGUUCAUCAAGUGCCAGUUGUUGGACAGAUACAACAGAUACAGCAACAAACACCACCAAUACAUACCCCAGUACAAAUACAGCAAAAGUUUCCUAUCAGACAAGAAUUGACAUACAGGCCUUCACAAAUGCAAAUACAGAGUCAACUUCCUGCUAGGCAUUCGGUGAAUGGACAAGUUAGAACACCUUUACAACAGCGGCAAUUAUUACUCCAACAUCAACAGCAACAGCAGCAGCAGCAACAACAACAGCAGCAACAACAACAGCAGCAACAACAGCAGCAACAACAACAACAACAGCAGCAGCAGCAACAACAACAACAACAGCAACAACAACAACAACAACAGCAACAUCAUCAACUCUUAGCUCAGCAGCAACAAUUAAGCCAACAAAACAUAACUACAUCACAAUUGGUAACUCAGCAAGGACCUACAACGCAACAAGCAUUGUUGCAACAGCAAAGUACUAAUGUUCCAUUGCAAUCAACAUCUUUACCUAAUCAACCAGUUCUACAACAGCAACAAGUUCUACAACAUCCAACGGUAACAUUGAAUGUAUCCCAACAAAGGCUAAGUUACUUAAGUAAUCAACGUCAACAAACUCCUCCACCAUAUCCACGGCAACCAAUACCACAACAACCUCAUUUAACACAGCAAAGUCAGACAUUGAACGUACAACAGCAAUUACAUCACAAUCAAUUGAAAAAUAUAAAUGUCAAUACAAGUGCAACAACAGACUUUCGUUAUGGGCAAAGUCAAAACAUUCUCAGUAGAAAUUAUCAGACCUGUAUCAGCAAUGCUAAUGGACCUACAUGGAAUGCACAAAAUAGUUCCAUUCCACAGGGUGCUCAAGUUAAUACAACAAGGCUCGCAGUCUCUAAUCAGGUUCCAGGUGCCUUUUCUCAGUGUGGCUCUACUAUGAAUCAUACUCCUACGACUACUGCGACUGCUACCACAAAUAAAGUGGAAACGUCAGAGUCCCCAAAACCUGAGGAGGAGACACCAGAGCCAGAGUAUACGUCAACUGGAAAAAUACGGCAAUUUCUUAUAAAUCCUUUGACAGGUCAUUUAGAACCGAUGCCUAGUGAGAGCUCUGAUUCGGAACCAGAAAGCGCAGUUGAUAAUCAAGAUGAUUUCUUUCCUUUUCCAUCCCCUUCAAAUGAUAGAUCUAACUCUAUCUUUUCCGACGACGAUGCAGACAGUAAUUUUUCAAGAAGAAACGAUACCACGACCAAUACAGAUCAAUCAGACUCCGAAACGACGGUUAAAUCUACAGCCAGCGAAGGAAGUUUAAAGCAUAGCAGAAUAAAAUCUACCAGAGAUUCUGCUCACAGUCCAAUGCCCGGAGAGAAGAUUAAACUUCGUUUAAAGUUAGAAAAAUCAGAACCAGUUACCCAAGCGUAUAAAGUUGAUGUAUCAUUUGUAAACACACCACCUGUUAGAAAAGUUGAUAAAUCGGUAAACAAAAUGUUUACCACGGGUAUAUCUAGCUCAGGGACUGGUGAUGAACCACGAGUGCCUCCCUUACACAUUUCUUUAAGAGGACGUAAUGCUGCUGUAGUACAAAUUAAGAAAAAAGAAAAAAAGUCUUUGAAAGAUGGUGAAACUGACAUAGCUAGUGUAAAGAGGAAAGGAAAAUUGAAAAAAAUGAAAGAAUGUAUAGACGGGAACAAAUUGUUGCAAAAAAAAUCAUCUCUGAGCAUGAUUAUAGGUACUGCCUCUGCUUCCAAACUACCCCUAUCAAAUUCAGCGAUGAUCAAUAGCGCCAGUACCAUUAAUAAAGUUAAUAACAUUCUUCAAACUGUCGUCAAACCUAAUGCCUUUAAACAAGAAAUGUCAGUAGAUUCUAUAAGGCUGCAAGGUGCUCUGAUCAAACCAAGUUCGAGUAAAAAUAAUGACGUAGAUGAUAUACCUCUUAACAGUAGAAUUCCAUCUCCAUCUAAACAUAAAUCUCCUAUUUUAAAUCAACCUUUAAAUACGCCGCAACAAAACAUAACGAAAAAUCAAAUGGAAGUCGAUGUACAAAAUCAUACACAUGAACACAAAAUAGGGGGAGGUAAAACCAAAAGAAGAGAUAACAAGAGGAAAUCAGAAUCUGGAGAUGGUAUGCAUAGAGAACAAAAUUUAUUGUCGGGUGGUAGAAUUUUAGAUAAUCAAGCCAAGUGGAGAAAACUCGGUUAUAAAGGUGAUUCCAAUCAAGUGAUACGAAAGUCUGAUGCACUUUUAACAGGGACCGAUUUCACAACUGUCAAAAAAGUCGGAGAAAUUAGGAGAACCAGCGACAGCGACAUAAACAGGUCAGCCGUGGAAAAGAACAAUCCAUUGAGCUCAGUGAAUUCUAGAUUGACGGAAAUAAAUGGUGUAAGAAGCGAUUUAAUUAAUCAAGAGAAAAGAAGGCGUUUAAGUUUAAUGGAUGAAAAAGAUUUGCAUUCAGCAGAAUGUCAUAUUACAGAGGCUACCAGUCAAAAGGUUGCUUCUGAAUCUUCUUCAUCGAACACUCUUUUAAGUAUCAAGAAUGUUACCAAUGUACCUUAUGAAAAUGAAACACAAAGUUUAAAAACAAAAAACGUAAUAAUGCAAAGUGAUUCUAAUGCGUCGAGCAAUACCGAAGCUAAAGUGUCUGUACACACAGAUGCGGCAUCUAAAUGUUCUUCUCAACAGUCUGCAAACAGAAGUACAAUGGUUAAAAAUAAACCAGACAUUGACAAUUGCAAAUUGAAUGCUAAUGUUUUAACGAAAAAUCAAAGUCUUGGACAGAAAUUGAAAAAUCAUGUGAAUAUUAAGAAUGACACUAAUGCUACUAUUAACAGGCACAAGAUAGAGCAUUUUAAUAACAAAAAAGUAACUCAAAAUCACAUAAUAAAACAAGCUGAAAGAACUGUAAUUGAUAAUAAAUUGGAUAAUUCGCAAAGGAUAAGUUUAUUAAAAACAUCACAAAGUUCAAUAAUCAGCAACACAGUGGACCAAGUUCCCAGACCUCAAAGCAAUGAUUUAGUUACUGGAAAGCCAACAUUACCAAUCGGGGAAAUUAAUGUAACUGAAGCUAAAGUAAAGCAAAAGUUAUUAGAGAAUACAACAGUUCCUAUUGGAAUUGGUGUGGACGCUAACGUAGAAAGAGUUGGUAGUGGAGGAGGUGGGGAAGAUUCGGGAAUAGAAUCUAUGGAUGCUCUUUCAGAGAAAUCACCUAAUCAGGGGGAAUCACCUUUACAUAGGCCAGUGACAGAAGCAGUGACACAAAGUAGCACUAAAAGUGUUAUUCAAGGGGAACCAUCCCUGCCAACCACCAAUAAGAACGUGCCUUCCUCAACUAAUAGUAGUGAUAUGUGUUCAAAUACCCACGUGGAACUUCUUAAGUCCAAUGCCCCGCAAAGAUUAAGUCCUGUGUCUGUUGCAAGUUAUCUCGAAAAUCACCUUAAUUGCAAUGUAUCACAUUCUAGUGAAGAAGAUGGUAAGAAUGUACCUAGUGAAAAGACACUAAUGAUAUCAACUUCAAGAACUAGUGGUGACUUGGUUGCUAGUUUAGAAAUAACUGAACUAAAAAAAAGUGUUUCUAAUCCACUAGUGACAGGAUCAGUGACUGUCGUGACCACUACUAUAAGCAGUGGAAUGGAUAGUGAUAAUUUAUUACAAUGCGCGCAUCAACAAAUAAGCAAUUUUUCUGAUACAGAAAAUUGUAGCGGUAAAUUAGAAGGUACUAUUAACCAAAACGAGCAGGGUACGGCAAACUCUAAACAGGAAGUGUUAAGAGCUGCGGAAGAUAAACUUGAUGACAGUGUAAAAAAAAUGGUAGCGGAAAGUGACAGUGCAAUUAGAUUAAGUGAAGAACCUCAUGGACAGAAUAAUAAUGGUGUGCCUCUAAUUCAAAAUCAUGUUACAUAUAGUAAAGUUAAAACAGACAAACUCCUCGAUAGUAUGGUUACAAAUAAAGCUAACACAGUGGCAGAUAAUACAUGUCCAAAUAAUCAGAGUCGCAGUCCGGAAAUCAAAGCAGAGCCUGUAAUCAAUGUUAAAGUGGACGACACAAGGCAAGUUGAUCAAUCAGAUAAUUCCAAAAGUAAUGUAUCAUUGAACACAGGCUCCGCCGUUCAAGUAGAAUCGUGUACCGAUCAAAACCAAAAAUCUAAUGUACAAACUCCUCAACAAAUUUCAGUCAGGGAACCUUCAAUGAAUCUUCAAAAAGUUACAGAUGAUUUGGUUAAGAAACUUGCUAACGAGGCCUGCGAAAAUCUAAGUAUCCAGUCACCUCUUGGCGAGGAUCCACAGCCAAUUAGGAUUACACCGCCAUUGUAUACAUAUUCCAAUCCGGUUGUUUUACAAAGAGACGAAACUCCAAGCCCAGCAGCACAAAAUCUCGAAGUAGAUACCACCGAUGUAGAGCAUGUCAAAAGGAAACGUAGAAGAAAACAGGAGUUGGAAGGUCGACAGGAUGUCAUAUGCAUCGAAGACAACGAUGAAACACAUUUUGUAGAAAGAUUAAACUCCAAUAAUUCGGAUGAUUACAUCAAAAGACCACCUAAAUCUUUGCUAGAACAACUUUUAAUAGAAAUUCCAAGCGAAAGUAAUGAAAAAAGAUCAUUGAGAACCAGAUCGCAAAAAUUAAACAGUCCGGAUAUUGCUAAAACUCCAAAAAGCAGCCCGCACGGUCCUAAUAAGGUUGAAGAAAGACGUAGUAUAUCGCCUUAUGCAAAGGCUAGUCCUAAAUUGGGAUCAUCUAAGUUAUCUCCUAAUACAACAACUAUGAAAGUAGGAAAAAGAAAAAGACAGGAAAGUGAAAGUUCUGUAGCAUCGAGCACAGCCGAUGAUCCCCAACCACGACCAGGAAAACGAAAAUGUUCGGAAAAUGCUGCGGAGCUCAUUAAGGCUUGUAUGGGUCUGGACGAAACUGGAAACGUCAAAAAGCAAAUACCUGGCAAAGAAGAACCCAAAAAGGGAUUCAACAUAUUGGCUAAAACUAAAAGAGGUCCCAUUGUGGUAGAAGUAGAUUCUUCUGACGAUGAACCAUUGAUUGAAUCUGUAGGAAAAGCAAGAAUGAGAUUGUCAGAUGAAACAUCCGCUGCUUCUCCAAAGUCUAAAGAUCAAAAAACAAAUUCAACUACAACUGUUUCUGGCAGUCCAAUUAAUUCUAGUAAUAUAUCAAAUUUCAAUGCCAGUAAUAGAGUGCAAAGAGAAGGCCGUUUAUUAACAACCAAACAACCGAGUACACCGACAGCAGUAAAUGCUGGAAAAGAAAGGCUACGCGGUACUUCAGUGUCAAGUAACGAAUCAGUUGGAGAAGUCACUACUAGACGAUCAGUUCGACAGAAUACAUCUUCACCAUUAGCAACGCCGGCAAGCAAUACAAGAGGUGCAUCUAGAUCUACGGAAGAUGUAAAUAGAAGAAAAACUCGAAGUGGAGCUGCGGGAACAUUGUUUUAGUAACGGCUGAGGCAGCAGAACAGGCGAAACGGAGGCGAAUAUCCCGAGAAAACAAAUGACCCUCGGGAAGUGACCUUGACAGUGAUUAGCUACCGUCACUUGUCAAGGCCUAUCCGUCUGAUUAUCUAUCUGUUAUAAAUGGUUAUUUGAUCGCCGUGUGGCUGGACCCCACCUGGUGAAUGUGUAUGUGUCGAUAGCGCACAAACAUUGCUGUAUAUGUUUGGGGGUUUUUAUAGCAGCAAAUGAAACGCUGGACGGUGUAAAAAAACAAAACAAACAAAAGAUAUCAAUUUGUCUAAUAUUACAAAUAAAUAUUACGAAUGAUAGAUUUUUUUUUUUUUCUAUACUCUAUACAAAGUUAUCGAGUUUCCUUUUAAUGAUAUAUAACAAGAAGAAACAAGUUUGUAUUGAACAAUGUGUUUGUUACUAGAUGUUACUUUCCUUAAAUCUCUAAGAAUUUUUCUAAUCGUAAAUGAAGAAAUCGUGAAAAAUAUAACAUGUGGGAAGAAAAUGAGAUAUUUUAUCUACUUUUUUUUUUCACCGUCCAGCAUUUAUCUCUCUUGCGGAUUUACUCCUAUAAACAGCAACAACAGUUUAGUUACUCAGAAUCUGUUCAACGUCUCUCUCUCUCGUAUUUUCGAUCUAAGUAACUAAACUGGAUUUAUAACUGCCGAGUCAUUGUGUAACUUUCUUUUACCAAUUACAAGUUAUUAUUAUUCAUUUAUUAGAACGGAGGUCGCAUUAUUAUAUAUAUAUGUAUAUGUGCAAUUCGGUCAAGUUCAAUUUUCGUGUUUGAGGUCAAUAUUUACAGCAUUAUAAUAUUAUACAUACAUAUAUAUAUAUAUAAUAAAAUAUAUAUACUUAGACGUUUUUUCAUGGAAUAUAUCCAAACAAGAUAUUGUUGUGCAAGAAUUUCUUUUUACAUCAAUUGAAAGAGUGUAUAAAUAAUCUGCUCCUUUAUUAAUAAUAUUUUUAUCUUUAUCUCUUUAUUAUUCUUCUCGUAUCAUUUUUAUUUCUUAUUCAUGGGAAUAUUUAAAUAGUGGUAAAAGAAAGAUCAAAUAUUUUAGGUCAAACAUGAAAAUCCGACUGUACUGCCGUAAGAUUAUAUAAAACACACACAUUAUUCCUGCAGAUAUAAAUUUCAUUAAAUGGUGGGCUUGGGUCGCUACUCCGACGAUUACUUCACUGAUAGACAUUAUUUAAAAAAUGUUAAAAUAUUUGUAGUCAUUUAUUUAUUUUUUAUUUUAAUUAAUUUUUUUUUUUCUUUAAUUUCUCAUUUUGUACAUAUUCGGAGAAAUAUGCAUGCAUACAAAGAUAGUAUUCGUUAUACUCAUUUAUAAUAUUGAUUCAUGAAUAUAAUAAUAAAUCUUGGAUAUAUUAAAUAAUUGAUAUAUUUGAA